AUGGAAGUGAGUUUAGCAAUUGUUAGAUUUUACGGUCCAAAUCAAACUCCAGAUUCAUCACGCCUCCUCUUCCAGUUCCCUCUGCCUCUACUUCUCACUCUAUCUCUCUCGAUCUCCUCUUGGCACGCUCCUUCUCCAACCCUUUCUUCCUAUGCCUCUCCCUUGCUCUCAUUUUUCUUCUCUUUUCUCCUCCUCUCGUUUCUUCUCCGUCUCUACUCUCUCUUCCUCUCCAGUUACACCAUCUCUCUCUUCUUUUCCCACUUUGCCCCUCUCUUUCUUUCACUCUCUCUGUACCUCUAUCUCGAAAUCUCUCUCGCUCUCUAUCAGUUUCCUUCUCUGAUAUCCAUGAGCUAUUUCUUCUCAAUUUUCUACUCACCUUUCUAA